AGCAGCUGAUACACUUCUGCAAAUGUUAACACCAGAAAUGUUAAAAAACAGGUGAAGCUGUGUUGCAGUUUGUGCUGUUUUGAUCAAGAUCUUUUAUCACCACCUAGGUCAUCUGUUUGAUUUGUUAGUAGGAUGUCAUUGUGUCCUCAUUCAGCACAUUUAAAACAACAGCAAAUGAGUCAAAGUAUUUUCCAGUAGAGAAUUAAGUAUGUUAAGAAUUUACCGAACAAUUUUAAAUGAGUCCACAGUAUUAUUAAUUAUAUAAAAGUGCCCGUCUAAUUCAAAUAUUAAGUUAAAGCUCCGAUAAUAUGUUGUAUAAAAGACAAGCUAAAGUGACAGAUUUAAUUGUUGAGGCUAAGAGCCAACAAUAUUAUACACAGAAAACCCAACAAAUCCAAGGAUCCUCCAUGAAACUAGCUUCAGUCCAACUGUAAUAGUAAUUUCAGCAAACCCCUUUAGUCUGCUGCUUGACUACUACUGAUGGCUUAGUUGUAUUUAGUUUUGACACAUGCAGAUGAAAGAUGAGGAGUAGAAGUGGAUCCAGUCGUCCCAAUGACCAUUUAUUGCAUUUGUUGUUAAUGAAUUCUCAAUAAAUUGUUACAGAAUAAAAAAGAUUUACACUAAAGAGUUUUUAAGAAGGCCUAGUUCCUUGAUGCAGCCACAUGGUCAAAAAACUGUUUGCCUUCCUCAAAGUAAAGGGUUUAUAGAUUCCAGAUGGCAUGACAGUAUUCAUUGCAGAGAUAUCGGGGAUCAUAUUGGCACUUUGGUGGAUGAUGGACAACAAACUGGUCAAAUCAGUCAUAUGUAGCGAUUCAUCAGCCAUGUUAACAUCAAUAAAGAAGCUAACGUCAAAUCCAGACAGGAUAUUCUAUUAGAAAUAUUUCAAGCACUGUUUCAAAUUCACAGAGCAGGGUGUGAGGUGGGUUUUGUUUGGGUUCCAGCACAUAUGUGUGUGGAGGGCAAUGAGGAAGCAGAUAGAUUGGCACAAAGAGCAACCAAGGAGGAAAGAAUAGAAUUUGAUUUUCCACAUGGGAAAUCAGAUAAUGACUCUCUCAUUAACUAAUUCAUCAAAGAAAUGUGGCAGAGGGUUUGGGAAAAAGGAAAGAAGAGGGGGACUGAUUUUGCUAUUCAAAGUAAAGUGGGAAAAGUAAGACGGCACUUAAGUGGCGCAAGAAGAAAUUCAAUUGUUCAAACCUGGCUACGACUCAGACACUGCAGUCUGAAAAGUGGACUGGCUUUGAUUGGGAAGCACAGAGAUGGAAUCUAUGAGUGUGGUGAACUAGAAACUGAGAAAUGCUCUCCUUAAGUGUAAACUCUACUCAUUCCAACAGAAGAAACAUUAGAGACGAGGAGCAGCUGGACGAACUGUUUUUAAUCUUUGCUUUCUACUUUACAUGCAGGAGUGGACAAAUAUGAAGAAACUUCUGAACUUUCUCAUAACCGCAGCACUGUACGAGAAAAUAUAGAGGAUUCUCUCAGGACUAUGAAUAACAUCCAGUAGGUGGCAGCAAUACGCCAGUGAUGCGUGUAGUCUGCCUAAUUCAAGGAGGAAGAAAAUUACUUAAGUUUCUGCCGGAACUUCACAGUGUGACACCCGGCGGAUUUAAACAAAGAAGUGUGAGGAGAGUUAGCUUUACUGCUGUGUGGACUGAGCUAUAAAACGGCUGUAUUAUAGUAUCAUUGAGAAAUAUUAGAGCAUUAAAGUAACGAUGUCUCCAGUUGAUUAUAUGAGAGAGUUGAUCAGGGACAGACUAACUGCUGCUGCUGGAGAAAUAUUCACAGAGUUUGAAAAAACUAUCGUCCAGUACCAGGAGGAGAUCGAUCGUCAGCGCAGACUGCUGGAUGUCAUCUGGAAACCACACAUCCCCUUACAAUCCAUAGAGCUCCCACAGUCUUAUGUCUGUGAGAAUGAGAAGACUCUCAUUGACCAUCAGCCCCAUGACCAGGAGAGAAACCAUGAUGACUCAGAGCCUCCAAAGAUUAAAGAUGAGCAGGAGGAGCUCAACACCAUUCGGAACCAGUCAAACUCAGAGCUUCCUCACAUUAAAAUGGAACAGGAGAAGCUCUGCACCAGUCUGGACCAAUCAAACCCAGCGUUUCCGCAAAUUAAAAAGGAACAGGAGGAACUCUGCUCUAGUCAGGAGGAAGAGCAACUUGGAUUGAAACAGGAGACUGAUACCUUUGUUGUGACUCCUGCUUAUGAGGAAAGUGAUCACAGUGAACCACAACCAAAUACUGAUCAGCUCCUGUUUCACAUCUCUUGUGCAGCUGAGACCCCAGAUCAGGAAGGAAGCAAGGAUGUAGACUCAGGAUCAACUAGAUGUAUCAAGCUGAAGCCAAGACAUCACAGUACCAGCAGUCACAGUAAUGAUGUAGACAAUGCUCCAACGUCAGAGAGACAGUGUGAUAAUGACAAGGCAAAAAAGUGUCUCACAUGCGAUGUCUGUGGAAAAGCUUUUAGGUGUAAGUCAGAUUUAAAGAGACAUCACAGAACCCACACAGGUGAGAAGCCAUAUUCUUGUGAAAUCUGUGGAAAACACUUAUGUCACAUAACUGCCCACAUGAGAUGUCACACAGGUCGGAAGCCGUGUGUUAUCACCUGUGGAACAAGGUUUUCUGACUCAUCAACACAUAAUAGGCACAUGGCAAUUGACAAAAUGCGAAAGCUGUUUUCUUGUGGAACCUGUGGAAAAAGCUUUGAUAAAAGUUCCAAUUUGACUGCCCACAUGAGGUGUCAUACGGGUGAGAAGCCGUAUUCUUGUAGUACAUGUGGAAAAAGCUUCACUCAACGGGGCUCUUUGACUGUCCACUUGAGACAUCACACAGGUGAGAAGCCGUAUGUUUGUAACACCUGUGGAAAAAGGUUCAUUGAACGGGGCUCUUUGACUGUCCACUUGAGACGUCACACAGGUGAGAAGCCGUAUGUUUGUAACACCUGUGGAAAAAGGUUCACUGAACGGGGCUCUUUGACUGUCCACUUGAGACGUCACACAGGUGAGAAGCCGUAUUCUUGUGGAACCUGUGGAAAAAGUUUCCGUUAUACUGCUAGUUUGAAAAUCCACAUGAGAAUCCACACAGGUCAGAAGUCAUGAUCCUGAAACAUCUGUGGAAAACAUGAUGUCAGAACUAAGCUUGAAACAACAUUGAAGACAGGGUUUCUGCAGGGCAUUGAAAAGCAUUAAUAGUCAUUAAUUUGAUUUAGCGAAAAUCAAGGCCUGAAAUGGCAUUAAAAAUCAUUAAAUUUGAUUCUCAGUGGCAUUAAAAAUUCUUUCUGCAGUUUUCAAGCAAAUAUUUGACAAUAAAAUAAUGUAUAAUUAUAGACUGCGAUUUGUCAGAUAUGUGCGUAUGCGGAAAUAUGCUGAACCGUUGCGAUAGUUGUUCCAGCCGGUGGGCUACAAUUGCCAACAACUGCAUAUUUUUAACCCUCAUGCUGUCCGGUGGGUCAAACUGACCCGUUUUAAAGUUUGAAAAUGUGGCAAAAAAUAUUUUUUCCGCAGUGAAACUUAUGAUAUCCGCAUUUUCAACAUUUUUGGAAGAUUUUUGAACAUUUUUUUUGGCGGGAAAAAAAUGUUAAGAAAAAUGCGUUUAAAGAAAAUAUUAGAAGUUUAACUGAUAUAUAUGUAAUCACUUUAGAUAUUUUUAGGAUUUUUUGGAAGAUUUUUACUCAUUUUUUGAAAAUAUUUACAAGAAUUUUCUUGCUGAAUUUGGGUUUUUAAAAAAAAUCCUUUAAGGGAAACUUUUCAGGAAUUGUCAUUUUCUUCUGAAAGGUUUUGCAAAUUUUCUGAAAUAUGGGGAUUUUUUUUUUGCUGACAAAAAAACUAUAUUUUUUGGUGCCCUUAAAUGAAGACAACAGGAGAGUUAAAGUGGACGGCAGGCUGGACCAGGUGGAGGAGAGCUGUCAAAUGGGGAAACACAAAUUCCAGCAAAAAUGGCUAGAAAACGUGGAUUUCAGAGAGUGACGACAGCCCAUGGGUGGUCAGGGGUGGUUUCCGGAUUCAGAAAUAGUGAAAUGUAGGUGACAGUUUGCAAAUAAAAAAAAAAAAAUCACCUUUAAAAACAAAAAACAUACCCGUGUAAUUUGUUGAGUUCAUGGUCGUGGUAUUAAGUUUUUUACAGUAUAGCAUUAAAAUGGCUUUAAAAAGCAUUAAAUUUGAUUGGUUGAUAUCUGCAGAAGCCCUGUAAGAAUUGGUACAAGUUAAAAGUAGAAGUCUGAAAUUUAAAGCACCUUUAGUCUGUGCCUCAACAACAAUUGUGUGGAAUUAUGUAAGUCUUGAUGAUUAGACCAGAUGGAGUCUGGACUGUGGUGGUGGUGGAGCAGGCAGAAGAACCAAACUGAAUAUCUGGAUGGAUAUGGUGUUAGUACAGACUGCUACAUUUCUGAUAUCAUGACAUCUUUCAUCAGCAGAGCAGUGAUUUGAGAUAUUAUGAAGCUGUUUGGAACAUUUUCACAUCCUGCUGAGAGAACAUGGCUGUUCAGGUGUGAACAUACUGCUGGAAUCUACACAGCUUGAGUUCUGCUGUCUUUCAGGUAAAAGGAGGCAACAAGAUACUGAGAUAUUGUGACAGUAGAACACAACAGAGUGUCACUGCAGCAGAGAUGUGCACGUGAAAUAAAGUUGUAAUAAAAUAUGUGCAGCUCCAUGAUUGCUUCAUGAAAUGUUUUGAAUGUAUUUAAACAGAUGAACAUUUACACAUUUAAUGAAUGUAAUUGAAGAACCCCAGCAAGAAUAUCUCUGUCGGAGAUCAAAGACAUAACCAACAUUAUUAUGUUUUGAAGCAACACACACGUGGUUUUACUAGUAGUAGCUGAUACACCUCUGCAAAUGUUCACACCAGAAAUGUAUAAAACAGGUGAAGCUGUGCUGCAGUUUCUGCUGUUUUGAUAAAGAUCUUGUGCUGUUUAUUUCUUCUUUUUAUCACCACAUAGGUCAUCUGUGUGAUUUAGUAGGAUGUCAUUGUGUCGUCAUACAGCACAUUUAAAACAACAGCAAAUGAGUCAAAGUAUUUUCUAGUCGAGAAUUAAGUAGGUUAAGAACUUACUCUACAAUUUUAAAUAAUGAGUCCACAAUAUUAUUAAUUAUGUAAAAAUGCCCAAUUAGUUCAAAUAAUAAGUUAAAGCCUCUACAAUGUGCUAUAUAUAAAACAAACUAAAAUGACUAACUUAAUGGUUGAGGCUAAGAGUCGACAAUAUGAUACACAGAAAACCCAACAAAUCCAAAGAUCCUCCUUGAAACUCGCUUCGAUCCAACUGCAAUAGUAAUUUCAGCAAACCCCUUUAGUCUGCUGCUUGACUACUGAUGGCUGAGUUGGAUUCAGUUUUGACACAUGCAGAUGAAAGAUGAGGAGUAGAAGUGGAUCCAUCAUUCCAAUGACCAU